UUUCAAAUUGAAAUUAAAGUCUGACAUUUGCUUGUCAGUUUUAAACAUCUCUGUGCUUCUGAUUCUUGGGUUAAAAAUAGCGGAACCGGAUUUCUAAUAAAUUGGAAGUGCCAAUUGCUAAUAAUUUUGAACAUUGAAGAAUAUAGGAAUAAGAUUUCAUUUCAGAAAAAACCUUUUGCAUGAAAUAAAACAUAAGCAUGCUUAACUUCUAUGUCGAUUAUUCUAAUGAUAAUAUUUUCUUCAUUCGUUAUAAAAUUCGCGACGAACGAGGGAAAUACUAGUGUUGCCACUAAUAACCAAAAAUUACUAAAAGAAAAUGUCCGACAUGUCAAAGCGCGCGUUAAAGCCAAAUAAAGUUUCAGGUUAGCAUUUUUCAUUUACAGAAAGAAUUUUUCUUGGAAAGAAGUAAAAGUUACUUGCUUAAAAGGAACUUACAUAAAUAUGUGUUCGUUGUUUUAUUUCUUUAGUUCGCAUUCUAUACUUUUUACUCUUGAAACGAUAUUUAUAAGACAAGUACAUAUUGAGUUAACAAAUGUGAUGUGCAAAAGUUAAGAAAUUUGUGUGACCCAUAUUUUUCAAAUGUAUAAAAAUUCUGCAUUAAUUUCCGUGUGCAUGCAUCAAUAAAUAGAUAAGUGGAUUUUUUAUGUAUGUAUAUACGGAGAACAUCUAGAUAUAUUUUCUUAUGGCUGCCUGAAACAAAAGAUUGUAGAUUGCAAGGUGAGUGAAUGGACUCCAUGGAGCGAGUGCGAUAAGAGUUGUGGUACGGGAAUAAUGUUACGCACCCGUCAAAUAAUUCGGGUACCGCAAAAUGGUGGAAAGCAUUGUCCAUCUUUGACCCAAAAGAGAAGCUGUCAAGGUAUACGAUGUCACAGCGAGAGAGGAAAACACAUCAUUCGUGAAAAUGCAUUUUUAUUUCCAUCUUCGGUAGUCCAGAAUCAUAGUUCAAAUACAAGUAAAGAGUCUCUUCGGCAAGCAAAUAAUCUCAAAAGUGUAUUCCAAUGUGUACAAUCCAUUUCGACACAUUUCUUGAUCCGAUAUGAUGACGAGGACGAGGAUGAAGGUCCACAACCGGAUCCUACACUUGAGCAGGGCGUGCCAAUACCUGUUCGAUUGCAAGGCAGCUUCCCUCCGGAACUGGCCUCUACUCCUCUCGAGGAUAUUGAUCCUUUUUAUAACAAUGUACUGACCUUUGUAGUUGUAAGUAAGGGAAAAGAUAUUUUUCGCUUUUCUGCAUCCAAAGCAAUGUGGUUGCUCGACCCGUUCAAUCCCAUACGUCGCGUAGCUAUUUAUAUUUUAGUGCAUCCGUUGUUUUCGUUAUUUAUAAUUACAACUAUUCUGGUUAACUGUAUUCUGAUGAUCAUGCCUACGACGCCAACUGUCGAAUCCACUGAGGUGAUAUUCACCGGAAUCUACACAUUUGAAUCAGCUGUUAAAGUGAUGGCACGAGGUUUCAUUUUAUGCCCGUUUACGUAUCUUAGAGAUGCAUGGAAUUGGCUGGACUUCGUAGUAAUAGCUUUAGCUUAUGUGACUAUGGGUAUUGACUUAGGUAACCUCGCAGCAUUGAGAACGUUUAGGGUAUUGCGUGCACUUAAAACAGUAGCCAUCGUGCCAGGCUUGAAGACUAUUGUUGGUGCCGUCAUCGAGUCAGUGAAAAAUUUGCGUGAUGUGAUAAUUUUAACAAUGUUCUCGCUGUCAGUAUUUGCUCUGAUGGGACUACAAAUUUACAUGGGUGUUCUAACACAGAAGUGCAUUAAAAAAUUUCCUUUAGAUGGUUCAUGGGGAAAUUUGACUGAUGAAAACUGGGAUUACCAUAAUCGUAAUAGUUCGAAUUGGUAUUCAGAGGAUGAUGGUUAUUCCUUCCCUCUUUGUGGGAAUAUAUCGGGUGCUGGGCAAUGUAGUGAUGAGUACGUUUGUCUACAGGGCUUUGGUCCUAAUCCAAAUUAUGGAUAUACCAGUUUCGAUUCAUUCGGUUGGGCUUUCCUCUCGGCGUUCCGUCUAAUGACACAGGACUUUUGGGAAGAUUUGUACCAGCUCGUUCUUAGAGCGGCUGGUCCCUGGCACAUGCUGUUCUUUAUAGUCAUCAUCUUCCUAGGUUCAUUCUAUCUUGUGAAUUUGAUUUUGGCCAUUGUUGCCAUGUCUUAUGACGAAUUACAAAAGAAGGCCGAAGAAGAAGAGGCUGCCGAAGAGGAGGCGAUUCGCGAAGCAGAAGAAGCGGCGGCAGCAAAAGCUGCUAAAUUAGAAGAAAGAGCAAAUGCUGCAGCACAAGCAGCGGCUGAUGCAGCUGAAGCGGCCGAAGCAGCCUUGCAUCCGGAAUUGGCAAAAAGUCCAACCUAUUCGUGUAUUAGCUAUGAGCUCUUUGUUGGUGCCGAGAAAGGGAACGAUGACAACAAUAAGGAGAAAAUGUCGAUACGCAGCGUUGAAGUUGUAUCGGAGUCGGUGAGCGUUAUUCAAAGACCACCAGCACCUACCACAGCACCCGCUACUAAAGUCAGAAAAGUAAGCACGACAUCCUUAUCCUUACCUGGUUCACCGUUUAACAUACGCAGGGGAUCACGUAGUUCACAUAAGUACACUAUUCGAAAUGGGCGUGGUCGUUUUGGGAUUCCAGGGAGUGACCGAAAACCCCUUGUAUUGUCAACAUAUCAGGAUGCGCAACAGCAUUUGCCAUAUGCCGAUGACUCGAACGCAGUAACACCAAUGUCCGAAGAGAAUGGUGCUAUUAUUGUACCGGUAUAUUAUGGCAAUUUAGGUUCUAGACAUUCAUCUUAUACCUCGCAUCAAUCACGAAUCUCUUAUACAUCGCAUGGUGAUCUAUUGGGGGGUAUGGUGGCUAUGGGUGUCAGCACGAUGACGAAAGAAAGUAAACUAAGAAGUCGUAAUACACGUAAUCAGUCAGCGGGUGCAUCAAAUGGCACUAGUUAUGUCGAUACAAAUCACAAGGAUUUACACAGAGACUUUGAAAUGGGCCUUGAAUGUACUGAUGAAACUGGAAAGAUAAAACAACAUGACAAUCCUUUUAUAGAGCCCGUCCAAAACCAAACAGUCGUUGACAUGAAAGAUGUUAUGGUUUUAAAUGAUAUUAUAGAGCAAGCCGCUGGUCGGCAUAGUCGUGCUAGUGACCGUGGUGUCUCUGUUUACUAUUUCCCCACAGAGGACGAUGAUGAAGAUGGCCCUACAUUCAAGGAUAAGGCUCUUGAGGCUAUACUUAGAGGAAUUGACAUUUUUUGUGUGUGGGAUUGUUGCUGGGUAUGGCUAAAAUUUCAAGAAUGGGUUUCACUAAUCGUCUUUGAUCCAUUCGUUGAGCUUUUUAUUACAUUGUGUAUUGUUGUAAACACAAUGUUUAUGGCAAUGGAUCACCAUGAUAUGAAUAAGGAGAUGGAAAAAAUAUUGAAAAGCGGCAAUUAUUUCUUCACUGCGACUUUUGCAAUCGAGGCCACUAUGAAACUGAUGGCUAUGAGCCCGAAAUAUUACUUUCAAGAAGGUUGGAAUAUAUUUGAUUUUAUAAUUGUGGCACUUUCUCUUCUCGAACUUGGUCUGGAAGGAGUUCAAGGUCUAUCUGUUUUGAGAUCUUUUCGCUUGCUACGAGUUUUUAAACUUGCUAAAUCAUGGCCUACAUUAAAUUUGCUAAUAUCGAUUAUGGGUCGUACUAUGGGUGCUUUGGGUAACUUAACAUUUGUCCUUUGCAUUAUCAUCUUCAUCUUUGCCGUAAUGGGAAUGCAACUAUUCGGAAAAAACUAUACGGACAAUCAGGACCGAUUCCCAGAUGGUGAUUUGCCUCGUUGGAAUUUCACAGAUUUCAUGCACUCUUUUAUGAUUGUAUUUCGAGUAUUAUGUGGUGAGUGGAUCGAAUCCAUGUGGGAUUGCAUGUACGUGGGAGAUGUAUCCUGUAUUCCAUUCUUUUUGGCUACUGUCGUGAUUGGAAAUCUAGUUGUGCUUAAUCUUUUCUUAGCUUUGCUUUUGUCUAAUUUUGGUUCAUCUAGUCUCUCCGCGCCCACGGCUGACAAUGAUACUAAUAAAAUCGUUGAGGCGUUUAACAGAAUAUCACGAUUCAAAGCAUGGAUAAAGCGUAAUUUUGCCAAUUGUUUCAAUUAUAUUCGUAACAAGUUGACAAAUCAAAUUAGUGAUCAACCAUCAGGUGAGAGGAUCAACCAGAUCAGUUGGAUUUGGAGCGAAGGCAAAGGGGUAUGUCGUUGUAUAUCUACAGAACAUGGUGACAACGAGUUGGAGCUUGGUCCAGAUGAAAUUAUAGCUGAUGGUAUACUCAAGAAAGGGAUCAAAGAACAAAACCAGUUAGAAGUAGCAAUUGGAGAUGGCAUGGAAUUCACUAUACAUGGUGAUAUGAAGAACAACAAGCCGAAGAAAUCUAAAUAUCUGAAUAAUGCAACGAUGAUUGGCAACUCAAUUAACCACCAAGAUAAUAGACUGGAACAUGAGCUAAACCAUAGAGGUUUGUCCUUACAGGACGACGACACUGCCAGCAUUAACUCAUAUGGUAGCCAUAAAAACAGACCAUUCAAAGAUGAAAGCCACAAAGGUAGUGCAGAAACAAUGGAGGGUGAAGAAAAACGGGAUGCCAGCAAAGAAGAUCUUGGUCUUGACGAAGAACUUGACGAAGAUGGGGAAUGUGAAGAAGGACCACUUGACGGAGAUAUUAUAAUUCAAGCAAAUGAAACAGAUAUUUUGGAUGAGUACCCAGCAGAUUGCUGUCCUGACUCAUACUACAAAAAGUUUCCAAUAUUAGCUGGCGACGAGGACUCGCCCUUUUGGCAAGGAUGGGGCAAUUUGCGACUGAAAACGUUUCAAUUAAUUGAGAAUAAAUAUUUUGAAACAGCUGUUAUAACUAUGAUUUUAAUGAGUAGCUUAGCUUUGGCCCUAGAGGAUGUUCACCUUCCGCAGAGACCUAUAUUGCAGGACAUACUUUAUUAUAUGGACAGAAUUUUUACGGUUAUAUUUUUCUUAGAAAUGUUAAUCAAAUGGUUAGCUCUUGGCUUCAAGGUUUACUUCACAAACGCGUGGUGUUGGCUUGAUUUCGUCAUCGUAAUGGUGUCGCUUAUCAACUUCGUUGCUUCACUUGCUGGAGCUGGUGGUAUUCAAGCCUUCAAGACUAUGCGAACGUUAAGAGCACUGAGACCACUACGUGCCAUGUCCCGAAUGCAGGGCAUGAGGGUCGUCGUGAAUGCAUUGGUUCAAGCUAUACCGUCCAUCUUUAAUGUGCUAUUGGUGUGUCUAAUAUUUUGGCUAAUUUUUGCCAUAAUGGGUGUACAGCUUUUUGCUGGAAAAUAUUUUAAGUGCGAAGAUCAAAAUGGUACUAAGCUCAGUCACGAAAUUAUACCAAAUCGCAAUGCCUGCGAGAGUGAAAACUACACAUGGGUAAAUUCAGCUAUGAAUUUUGAUCAUGUAGGUAAUGCGUAUCUGUGCCUUUUCCAAGUGGCCACGUUUAAAGGCUGGAUACCAAUCAUGAACGAUGCAAUUGAUUCACGUGAGGUCGGCAAGCAACCAAUCCGUGAAACAAAUAUCUACAUGUAUUUAUAUUUCGUAUUCUUCAUUAUAUUUGGAUCAUUUUUCACUCUCAAUCUAUUCAUUGGUGUUAUCAUUGAUAAUUUUAAUGAGCAAAAGAAAAAAGCAGGUGGAUCAUUAGAAAUGUUCAUGACAGAAGAUCAGAAAAAGUACUAUAAUGCUAUGAAAAAGAUGGGCUCUAAAAAACCAUUAAAAGCCAUUCCUAGACCGAGGUGGCGUCCACAAGCAAUAGUAUUUGAAAUAGUUACAGAUAAAAAAUUCGAUAUAAUAAUUAUGUUAUUUAUUGGCCUAAAUAUGUUUACCAUGACACUCGAUCGAUACGAUGCGUCCGAAACAUAUAAUGCUGUCCUAGACUAUUUAAAUGCGAUAUUCGUAGUUAUUUUCAGUUCCGAAUGUCUAUUAAAAAUAUUCGCAUUACGGUAUCACUAUUUUAUAGAGCCAUGGAAUUUAUUUGAUGUAGUAGUUGUCAUUUUAUCCAUCUUGGGUCUCGUGCUCAGCGAUAUUAUUGAAAAGUACUUCGUGUCACCAACACUCUUACGUGUAGUACGCGUUGCAAAAGUGGGUCGAGUUUUGCGUCUGGUCAAAGGUGCUAAAGGUAUCCGCACAUUGUUGUUCGCACUAGCUAUGUCGCUGCCAGCUCUCUUCAACAUUUGUUUGCUGCUCUUUCUCGUGAUGUUCAUCUUCGCUAUUUUCGGGAUGUCAUUUUUUAUGCAUGUACAGGAAAAAAGUGGCAUUAACGACGUUUAUAACUUUAAAACAUUUGGCCAGAGUAUGAUAUUGCUGUUCCAGAUGUCUACCUCAGCCGGUUGGGAUGGUGUUUUAGAUGCUAUUAUCAAUGAGGAAAAUUGCGAUCCACCCGACAACGACAAGGGCUAUCCGGGCAAUUGUGGUUCAGCAACUGUUGGAAUAACGUUUCUUCUCUCAUACUUAGUUAUAAGCUUUUUGAUAGUUAUUAAUAUGUAUAUUGCUGUCAUUCUCGAAAACUAUAGUCAGGCAACCGAAGACGUGCAGGAAGGUCUCACUGAUGAUGAUUAUGAUAUGUAUUACGAAAUUUGGCAGCAGUUUGAUCCCGAGGGUACACAAUAUAUCAGAUACGAUCAACUGUCUGAGUUUCUGGAUGUUUUGGAACCACCUUUACAAAUACAUAAGCCGAACAAGUACAAAAUUAUAUCUAUGGAUAUACCAAUAUGUAGAGGAGACAUGAUGUAUUGUGUUGAUAUUUUGGAUGCGUUAACCAAGGACUUUUUCGCACGGAAAGGAAAUCCUAUAGAAGAUACCGGUGAAAUUGGCGAAAUUGCUCCAAGGGCAGAUGCGGAAGGACAUGAGCCUGUGUCGUCUACUUUAUGGCGACAACGGGAAGAGUACUGUACUCGAUUGAUACAAAAUGCCUGGCGAAAGUACAAAUCACGUACAUCUGGUCAAAUUCAAGGAAACCUCGAAAACAACUCUGCCCAUGAAAAUGAUGAUGGUACCGAUUCAUGUGAUAGGCGAAAAUCUGGUGACAAUGAGCGGGAAGAUAAAGCUAGCGUCAUAAAUAGCCCGGAAGGUUGCGACAGUGGGAGUCCAGUUAGCCAGGGUCUUGCGAGUGGUGGAGUUGGUGUUGGAUCAAAUGGCAGUAAUGGUCGGCAAACGGCCGUGUUGGUUGAAAGUGAUGGCUUUGUGACAAAGAACGGUCAUAAGGUUGUAAUACACUCGCGCUCACCGAGUAUAACGUCGAGAACUGCAGACGUCUGAGCCAGGCCUCGCCCCUCCCUCCAGGAUGCACCUUAAUCGAACUGACUUAAAUCACCAAAAAUUAUUUUCUGCCACAUUCAACAACAACGACAGCGUACAACAAAAUUGUAAUAAAGCUAUAAGAUCCUGUGUCACUAUAAAUAUCUGCAGUUUUUGUAAAAUCAGUAAAACUAAAUUAAUGUAAAUAUAUAUAUAUAAAUAUAUAUAUAUAAAAAUAUAUAUAUAUAUAAAUAUAUAUAUAUAUAUAUAUAAAUAUAUAUAUAUAUAUAUAUGUAUUACUAUGGAUACUAAACACGAGAAUCACAAAUAACAACGCACUACUGUGACCCUAAACAAAUGGAAGUUACCCUAUUAAAGUAAUAGUUUAUUACGAUUUUAUGAUUAGUAAAAUAUUUAAUUAUUUUCAAAUUUUAACAAUAUUUCUACAUAUACAUACAUAUGUAAAUUCACAUUAAAUGAAAAUUUAAUAUUUAAUGGAUUAUUCCUAUAAGCAUCUUAAUUAUCGAAAGUUUAUGCCUAGGUUCGCUUGCCGCAAUGUAUAACAAGGAUUAAAUACAUUUUGAAAUGUAUUUAUUGUUUAUAUAGAACAUUCUGAAUGUUUUAUUUAUGGCAGCGUUAUGCAAUAUUUUUUUCUAAAUAUUAAGCAAAUUUGCGGCGGAAGUAAGUAAAUAUACAGCCAUAAAUUGCAAUAAAAAGCCUACUGCCAUAUCUCUAAACUCAAAUGCACAGCAAAUGAAAACAAAGAGAAAUAUUUACAUACUUACACCACUGUUCUCCAAUCUAAAUUCAACAAAUAAAACUUCAUUACAUUCCAUGUCCAUUGCGUCAACAGAGAAUUUAAGUAUCACAUAAAAUUGCAAGAUAAAUAUGCAAAAAUGGUCAUAAAAUACAAAAAUUUCUUGGAGCUGGGGCAUCUUGAAAAGCUCAUAAAAUUUUUCAUUAUUCGCAAUACAUACUUAUAGAGUUAUCGACAAGGCGCAGUCGGUGAAUAAAAGUUACUCGAAAAUAACACCAAUGACUGAAGUUAAAAUUAAUAAUUUUCAAAAAUUUAAUUUUUCAAUUAUCAAAUUAAUCCAUUUCAAUUCAAUUUUAGACGUUUAAAUUUGAAUAAUUAUUUGACAUGACAUGGAUGAGUUAUAAGAUAUAUUAACAUUACAAAUAUACAGAAAAUAUGGAUGAAAAUGAGUAUGGAAACCAGAAAAACUAACAAUAUUAUCCACAGUUUACUGAUCUUUUCUGCAUUCUACUUACUUCAAAAAUAUAUUUGUGAAGUUAAUAAGAUCUUUUAAGAAAAUUUGCAGAAUGUGAAUUAGUAACAAAAUUCGCAGUUAAAAAUACAAAUGACAUAUUUUUCGUGUAUGGUCAAUUUUAAGCAACGUAUGGUCAUAAGAAUGUAAUAAAUGAGUGUAAGCAAGCACUUACAUGUGCAAUUGUAAGUCCAACUGAUUUUCAAGAAAAAUGCAUAUAACAAGUAAAUAUUACCACUCGAAAUUAAAAACAAAAAAUGGACAUAAUGAAAUAAUUUUAUAUCAAUUAAAUAUUCCAUAGCCAUGACAAAGAAAUUUGCAUACAUACGUUGCUCAAAAAGGAAUACGCAAGUGAUCUCGAUUAUGGUGAAUUGACAUAUAUUAAUCCGCAUGGUUAUUAUUAUAUUUUGAGUACAUAUUUAAGAGAUAAUAUUUAUAAGAAUAUACAUGGUUGCGAGCAUACUCUUUUAAAUUUUUUAACUUAACAUAACUCUUUUUUAGUUCGAGACCCGUAAUAUAUGAAUGAUUUGCAUUUCUUUGUUUUUUGUUUACUUUGCUAAUAUUAGCAAAUGAAAAAUGUGCGUAUAACUCCAGACAAUAAGAGCUUCUGGUUAUCGACAGCUAGUCAGAAAAAACUCUGGAAACAUAACUAUAUGAUUAUUGCAUUAAAUUCAAAGUCACUUAGCGGCCCAAUAAAGACCAUUUCAUCAUUAAAACUAUAUGCAUUUGCAUGUUCGUGGUAAAAUCAGUUUUUAAUGAUCUUAACAUGAUUUAUGAAAUAUUGAUUGAGACUUAAAUCAGCUAGACGUUUUUAUUAACUAAUUGUUCCAACUCGAACAUGUAUUUAACGUAAAAAACGCUUUGCUAUUGCUAUGUAUAAUUUAAAAUAGUAUUUUAUUCUUAUGGCUUGCCAUUUGUUGAGCAUAAAUAUUUAAGCUUUCGUUGUUUUUGAUUGCGACUGCAGCGUAAAUAAUAUGCAAAAAAAUAUAAGAAGCAGAAGUAUUACGGCUGCUGUGGCUACUGCCAAUUCAAGCCCAAACGCCAAGCUGCUUCACUAAUCAUUUUUUAAGCUAUUUAUGAGAUGCUACACACAGAAAAUAAGUUCAUUGAAUAAACCAAAAUCUAUCAAUUGGGUGCAAAAACUAUAAAAACUGAGGGGCGGGCGAGAUGAAAAGUAAAUGAUUUAAAAAUAUUAUAAUAUUUUUAAUUACUAAGAAGUACGUAAAUUGUACCAUACUAAGGAGACUUAAGUAAUAUGAUAACGAAUCAAUUCAUAAAAGAGUAGAGACAAUAGAAAAAAAUGUGUAAAAAGUAGAAACAUUUCGUAAUAUACAUAUGUAAAUAAAAAAUGUUAAUGAAGAAUGUUAUGAUCAGCAAGCGAUUAUAAGUCAAAAGCUCUGCAAAUUGCAAAGCUCUAAAAAUUUAAUAUUCCUUGACUUGGAUAAUGUAGGGCCUAACACAUAAUUCACAUUACCAGCGCCAAAAUUAUAAUUCAAAUGUCGAUAAGUGGACACGUUCACUACUUCGAAACAUUUUCCUUUUGAUUACACCGGCCUUUACAUUUUAGUAGUAUCGAUGAUAAAUACAUAUGUCUGCAAUGGCUGAUUGAAAGAAAUUCAAAAUACAAUUAAGUCGAAAAUACAGAUACACAUACACAGCAUAAAAACGUAAAAGAACCAAAUCUAUUAACAUCAAAUCGAUAACAUUUAGAACAUAACUAAAUACAGCUGAAUACAAAAUGCUUUUUCAUAAAAAAUCAUUAAGCUUUAUAUAUAUGUAUUUAUAAAAUAAUAAAACAUACACAACAUGUACAUUCGGUCACUUUUUAACUCAUACAAGACAUUUAUUCAAAAAGCGUUCGUACACUCUUUAAUACUUAUGUAUAUGUAAAAAUGCCAUAAUUUAUGUGUUUAAGCGAUUGUAAAUGUAAUGGCGGACAUUGUAAUUAGCUAUAGCUAUCAAAUUGCGUUAGAUAUUCUAAUAAAACUAGCAACAAAAAAUUUAACAUAUACAAAAACAAAAAUUAAUAGGAACAAAAAAGGCUUUAUUUCUUAAGAAAAAUAUAAGAUAUUAACAAAUUGCAUAAAAUAUAUUAAUUUCUAUUGUAUUAUAUUUGUAUUUGCUUAACAUGUUCUGUUAAACAAAUCUAUGUGCAUACAUCUCGUUCAAAAUAUUUGCGAUGGUUAAAUAGUACAUAUGAAUAUUCUUCAGUAUUUUAUUAAACUUACUUGCAGUGAUGACUAGAAUGUGUUAUAGUAUAUACCCAAAAGGCCAGAUAACAUAUUAAUCUAACAUAUAAUUUUCUAAAGCGGUUUAGUACAGUUGUAAAAUAUUUUCAAUGCAAAAUCAUCAUAACAUCAGAUUAUUUUGACUAAAGAAAGUUAUUUUUAAAUUGAGAUUAAAGUCUAGAUUACAAGACACGUUUUAGUGGUUAUAGUACAUAUAACUGGCGUUAUGGGAAAUAAAAACUACUAACAAUCAAUGUGGUUUUGCUUACAGAAGUAUACCCCUAUUGAAUAAUUUUUUUAGAAAUACUAUGUUACGAUAUAGUGAUAUAGUAUUGUCGAUAUACAGACCAAAUUCCAAAUCAAUUUAAAGCUAAACUUAAACUUAGUUUUUGUGUUUUUUCAACACACAUCAAAAAAUCGCUAAUUCGAAGAAUAGGUGCUAAUAAGACCAAUGUUUAUCUAGUAAUACCUAUGAAUGCUGGCCUUUGGGGUUUCACUAUAAUCCAACAUAGGUGUUAAAAUAAUUUUAACAUGCGUACUUACUAUAAUUAUAAGCAAAUAUAUAUUGGUAUAAAAACUAAUAAUAGCGCAUGAGUUAUCGGCUCAAUAUGUAUAUUUUUGUAAUGCAAUUAAAACACUUUAAGGCAAAAUUAAAUAUUACAAGCAAAUGAACAAAAUAUUAAAAUUAACAAAGAAGUCGACUACAAAACAGCAAACGCACUGGCAAUUUAAGAAAUGGCAUGACUCAAAAAACAUAAAACGAAUGAAAAAUAACCCCUGAUGUUUACUGAUACUUUUUAUCAAUUUACAUUAACACCAAACAAUUUAUAAUUCCCCGCUUUCAUUAAAUAUUCAACUUCAAUUCUAUAUAUUCUCAACCAUUUAAAAUAUUUAAUAUACUCACAUACAUACAUAUGUGUGUACGGGUAUACUAAUUAUAUUCACUUUAAGUCAUUUAUUCAGUUAUUAUUCUAAAACGCUUUGGCAUUGAACGUUUUAUACAGUUUUUGUCCACUUAAUCCGAAGAGUGCUAAAAGUCAAAAGGCCUUGCAUAGAGAUGCAGCAUUAGUUUUUUUUUUUUACAACCGGAAAACUAUGUAUAAUAAGUACUCAUUCCCAUGCUCCGUGAAAUUUCUUAAUUUUUUUUACUAUUUGCGUCUCCAAGAUCCAAAUAUUUACAAAUAUCAAAUUGCGACCUCAGUUAAAAAUAACGUGAAAAAUAUAAUAAAACCCGCACAUUAUUUAAUAUAAAUAAUGUAUGUACUUUUGUCUCCAACUAGAAAGCUCUCCAUCGAACAUGUUUGCUAAAUAAAAAUGCCGACUAUCUAUUACACCAUUUUCCCGAAUAUAAAUUUUCUAUGCAAACUUUUAAGUAUCAUUUUAAAAUUUAAGUUAAACUCUACUUAAUAGCAACUUCCCCGGCUAUACUAGAGUUUACAUACAUUUGAAGUUUGAAAAAUUUAAAUCACUUCACUUAUAGUUUUCCUGUUCUUCGAAAACAAUGUGUUUCAAUAUCACUGUAAGGUAGUAAGAACUUAACCCCAUAAUAAAUAAACACCUUUUUAUAAUUACUUGCAGAAAUGUCAACUUUUCAAAAAACAACAACAACUAUUCCUUUCUCAUCUUAAUGUUUUAAACUACACCCAGAUUACACGAGAAAAUGCCUUCAUUAAAAUAUUUCAGUGUCACACCCUAUUGAUGGACAUACAUACAUUUGUACAUUACAUAUACGACGCAUGAAUCAAGGUGCAAAGAUUUAUAGAUGAAAUAUUAGUCUAAGCAGCGGACCGAUUGAAUGCCAAUGCACAAUAAUAUUUUAAAUGUCAUUUAAUAAAAACCUUCUAAAUAAUAAUAAUAAUAGCAAUAGUUUCUUAAAAAAUGUGAAAGUAAAGAGAAGUAGGAGUGACAGUUAAAAAACCAUCAGAUAAUACAAAUAUGUAAAAAGUAUUAAAAAUAAUUUAAAAUAAGUAAUUACAGCUUUUUUAGUUUUUGAGAGUUGCGUAUUUACAUU